UUGUACUUUAAGUAAAAACACAAAUGUAUCACAUAUUUUAAUGGAAAAUCAGGACGUGUCACAUUCUCCAGAAGAAGAAGAUAGUGUCAAACAACAGGAAAAUGAAGCAGAAAAUAAAAUCAAAGUUGUGUCCGAAGACGACGCUGGCCCUUCGCAAACAACCGAUCUACCUGGAGCAAUUCCUUUUAAAGCUAAUCCCCCGUUAAAGCUCUCUAAAUCCGAGCAAAACUUUAGACAAAUACAUACACACAACGAUGCAAAGCCACUUGAUCUAACAUCUAUAAGUUUCGGGCCACGCGAUGUAAACACAAACAAUGUUAUAGAACGAAUCGGGGAAGACACGGAUAAAAGUGAGUCAAUGUUUAUUGACAUAAAGAAUUUCAUGGCAUCGUACUUUAGAGUCGAUAGAGAUAACCAGGUUGCUGUAAGUGAAGUACAAAACGCGCCAUUGAAAACUGUACCGACGGUUCAAGAAGAUACUAGUUGCGUCACGCCAGUUCAAACUGAUAACAAGCCAGUAGUGCCCGCAAAUGUGAUAGCUCAAACUGUAGACAAGCCGGUAGUGCACGCAAAUGUGAUAAUGACUCAACCGACACCAGACACAAACUUGUCGAAGGCUUGUUCGGAGAACAAGAAAAAAACUUCGAGUACUCUGUCUGAGAAAUCUGGCUUUACAGUUGUGCAGAGGGACUCGCUGUCGAGUAUUGGAUCAAACGUUUGCAGAAUCUGUAUGACUCGAGGCAGGGAAAGGUUGAUAUCACCGUGCAACUGCAAAGGGUCUUUGGCCAACGUGCAUUUGACUUGCCUGGAGCGAUGGCUCAACCAAGUCGGGAGAAACCAUUGCGAGCUUUGUGGAUUUAGCUACCCUGCCAUCCGCACGCCACGCUACACGGUGCUGCAGGCCCUGCGUCUGUGGUUCGGCAAUCCGCGGAACAGGAGCCAUUUGCAGUCGGACUGCUUAAUAUUCUGGCUGCUGUCCACCGUGACUGCAGGUCUACUCGCCGUCUGCAUCGUCGGUACGCAAUAUUUCGUCAUUGAGGGCAACAAAUUUGGUAAGAUUCAUGGAAUCGCCCGGAAAGAGGAAGGCAUAUCGCACCGCAUAACCGAGACCGCAAUGGACUUCUUCAUGGCUAUAGUGUUGUGCGGGUACUCGGUGACUGUGUACCUGCUGUGCAAGGACCACUACGUGCUGUGGAGCCGCUGGCGACGCGCUAACGUCCACGUGCGCCUGCUGCUGUCCGCCGACGCCGACCCGGUGCCUUUGCGCCGCGCGCGUACAAUAAUAUAGUGUGACUUGACUUUUGAGUGGUUUAUUAGA